UCAAGAAGAUGGCUCUGUUUGGAGAAAGGUUUUCCAGAAUUUAUGGUGUCUCCUGCCAGAUGACACCAGAGUUCAAGAAGAAAAAAGGAAACAAACCAUCGGUUGAUAUAGCUAAGAAUUUCUCCCUCUUUGCUCGUUGUUUCCGCGAAGAUAGGUGGUUGGAGGAAAGAUCCUUCUACUCUGCUUUUCCCUUAUAUUAUUUAUCUUCAAUGCAGAAAGUAUCACUGUCUAAUGUUUUGGCUCAGCCAGUCCCCACUUGGAGUUCUGCUAUUCUUUAUUUGCAAGGGAGACGAAGGAUAUUAUCACUAUCCUUUCUUUGUUGCGGUGUUUCAGGGCUCUCCUGGGUGAGGAACUUUCUCUUGUGGUGCCCUAGUCCUUCUUCCUUUGUUUGGUCAACCUUUCUUCCCCCAAUAAAUUCAAUUUUUGUUUCAAUGUGGAGGAUGGGAAUUCUCAAGAAGGUUAAGUUUCUUGUUCGGAGGGCUGCAGAUGACCUUGAUCGCAAGCUUUGGAGUUCUGAUUUUGCUUAUGCUGUGUGGACUAAUUCUUUGACAAGUUAACCUUUUUAUUGGCUAGACAGAGUGACUGCAGAUUGAUGAUUAAAGAAUUCCUUUUUCGUCCUUCCGUUGGGAAGAGAGGAACAUUUUUGUGGCAAGCGAGGGUGAGUGCUAUUUGGUGGAGACUUCAGAGUGAGAGGAACAAUAGAACCUUUAGAGGGGAAGUAUUGAUCCAAUUCAAAAAAAUUACGUUUAGUAAUUUCAUGAUCUGGACACAAAUCACAACAAUUUCUAUUUUUUCUUGAAUAUUUUAUUCAAGAGUUGAAGGAUUAAAUCCUUUCAAGAAAUAAAGCUUUUGAUCGGAAUAUUAAUCAAACCAAAGGAUUCAUGGA